AUGGCUCCCCGUGUCUUCCUCAUAACUGGAUGCUCUACUGGCUUUGGCGAGGAGUUCGUCAAGGUCGUUUUGCAAAAGGGUGACUAUGUUGUCGCAACUGCACGCAACUCUUCCAAACUAUCCUUCGAUGGUGCCAACGACUCCAACAGUCUGCUCGUGGACCUCGAUGUAACAAAGAGAGAAUCUAUCGAUAAUGCCUUCGACGCAGCUAUUAAGAAAUUCGGAAAAAUCGACGUCGUUUGCAACAAUGCCGGAUAUGGUCUCAAUGGGCCUUUUGAAACGUUAUCGGAAAAGCAAAUCAGACAGCAGAUGGAGAUCAACUUUUUCGGUCUCAUCGAUGUCACAAGGAAGGCCAUGGAGACUAUGCGCGACAGGAAGACCGGAGGUGUCAUCCAGCAAGUAACAUCUAUUGGUGGUCAGAUUGGCGUGCCUAAUUUCUCCAUCUACUGUGCCAGCAAAUGGGCAGUCGAAGGAUUCACGGAGGCAAUCUCCAAAGAAGUGAAGCCUGAGUGGGGAAUAAAAUUCACUUGCAUCGAACCCGGUGGUUUCCGAACCGACUGGUCAGGUCGUAGUAUGGACUUUGGAGAGAUUUCAAACCCGGCAUACGCGGACGUCGACCCAAAGAAGCAGGCUCAAGGGCGCCAUGGCUCCCAAGCAGGAGAUCCCGCCAAGGCUGCCAAGGUCUUCUACGAUCUAGCAGUCAUGGACGAUCCGCCUAUGCGGUGCGUAGUCGGCACCGACGCGUACAGUCUCAUCAACAAGAAGCUGGAUACGUACAAUGAAAGCGUCAAGAAGUUCGACAAAUGGAGUAACAGCACCGACGUCAAAGGUUACAAGACGCCCAAUUAG